AAUGCUUUGCAGAAUGGCUUGUUUCAAGUACCACCCCUCGAGCCAAUCACUCUAUCGCCUUUACCUAACUUUCUUAGAGCUCCCGAUUACUGUAUACCCAAGCUGAAAAGAGAAUUCAAAGAAAAUGACACUUACUUUGACGAUGUUAGAAAACACGUUGAAAGCAACGACAUCGCCGGCGCUUAUGAUGCUGUUUAUGCAAAGGCGACAGAAAUGUGUACUAAUGAACAAGUAGAACGUAUGAAGGCUUUGGAAAAGAAGUACGCGACGAUAAGGCAAGGUGUUGAAGCUGUAGGUUUUAAACUUGAUAUUGGCAGUCAUGAGUACAUUUUGAUUCAAAAACGUCCGCAAUACCUCAAAUUUGAGCUGGCUCCUGAGUACAACAAGCAAAUCAAGGACCAAGUACUGCAGUGGCUGAGGGACGACAAUUUUAUGGCUCUUUCCGGCUUUCUUGUUAGAGAAGGCAUGGCUAAUAUGCACAACGCAACAAGGAGCUCGCAAUUUAUGCAGAUCUCGCUUCCACUAGGUUCCAUGCAAUUCGAACAAGCCCUUAAUCCCAUAUAA